AACAAGCAUUUUUGUAGAGUAUUAUUUCAAAUUCUAUUAACCGAAUUGACAUAGGGAGAACAAAGCGAUACACACAUUGUAUUCAACUACGCAUGGACGGUAGAGGGGAAAAGCUUAGGUAGGGGGCACAGUCGCUAAUACAUACGACCGAUGUGUUUACUCGCUGGUGUGAAGCUGAGUUCCACGACGAGCAAGUGUAUUUGUGUAUACAAAUUAUUUCUGCUGUAAAGUACAGGUCUAUGUUUGAAAUCGAGUCAUAGUUUUAACUAUUUGAGGCGUUUAACCUCAAAUAAUUUCUCAGUAUAUGCCGUGAAAAAUUACAGUAAACAAUAAUAUUAAGAAAGAGAUGGAAAACAACAGUGAUGUAGUUAGGGUGAAGCAAGAAUUGAACGAUACUUGGUUGAAUGCAGAUGAGGAUCAUAUUUUUGAUUUGGUGAACUUUUGCAAAGCCAAAAACUUUGAAACAUCCCCGUUAAAUAAAUCAUUGACAAAACACAUCAAUGAGGCUAUUAUUUUACAUGAAAACUUGGAUGAAAAAAUAUUCAUCGACUUUGAGUGCAAAGAUGUAAAACCUUUUCAACCUAUUAUGAAAGAAGAAAACAAAAAUCCGACCUAUCACAUGAGUGAAAGAAGUCCGAUAGUUUUGAUAAAAAAAGAAUUCAAUUAUGAUUGUCGAGACAGUUAUACGACAAGAGCCAGGCUAAAUAAUCAUACGAAUACGAUACCCAAGAAAAAUAGACCGUUUAAGUGUAAAAUUUAUAAUGAAUCACAUUCCUCCAAAAGUAACCCCAAAAUUCAUUUAAAAAUAGUACACGAUCAUAGCAAACGCUUCGAAUGUGAUAUUUGCCAUAAAUCAUUUGGAAGAAAAGAUAACCUGAAAAUUCAUAUAAUUACAGUACAUUAUCGUAGCAAACUCUUUAAAUGUGACACUUGUCACAGAUCAUUUGGACAAAAACAUUACCUGAAAAUUCACAUGAAUGCAGUACACGGUCGGAAUAAACCUUUCGAAUGUGAGAUUUGUCAUAAAUCAUUUGGAUACAAGACUAAUCUCAAGAGACACAUUAGUAUAGUACAUGAUCGUACCAAACGCUUCGAAUGUGACAUUUGUCACAAAUCAUUUGGAUAUCAGAGCGUACUUAAAAAGCAUAGAGUAACAGUUCAUAAUCUUGGAAAUUCCUUUUGAAUGUGAAGUUUGUCAUAAGUCAGUUGGACAGAAAAGUAACUUCAACAGACACAUAAAGGAAGUACAUAAUCUUAGCCAACUCUUCAAAUGUAAUAUUUGCCAUAAAUCAUUUGGAAGAAAAGGCGACCUGAAAAUUCAUAUAAUUACAGCACAUUAUCGUAGCAAACCCUUUAAAUGUGAAAUUUACCACAAAUCAUUUAGACAAAGAGCCAACCUUAAUGUUCACAUAAAUAGAGUAAAUAAUUGAAGCAAACUCUUUGAAUGUGAAAUUUGCCACUAUCAUUUGCACAUAAAUGCAGUACAUAAUCCCCAAAAACCCUUCUAGUGUGUCAGUUUUAACAAGUCAUUUGGACAUGACCAUAUCAUGGGCUUGAUAAUGACCAUACACGAUGGUAGAAAAUCUUUUGAUUGUGAAUUUUUGUCACAAGUCUUAUGAUCUAAAGAAAACUUACACGAUAAGAGUUAAAUUUCAUAAUUGUAUCAAAUUUUGUUAAAUGAUAUUUAUUAUGAGACACGUUGACACAAUAAAUUU